AUGGAUUUUGAAUUGGAACCUACUUUAGAAGAAUUGAUUAAACAAGAUACUUUGAAAUGGAUCUUUGUUGGUGGUAAAGGUGGUGUUGGUAAAACCACCACUUCUUCAUCAAUUGCCGUUCAAUUAGCUUUACAACACCCAGAGGAUGAAUUCUUAUUGAUUUCUACUGAUCCAGCUCAUAAUUUAUCUGAUGCUUUCUGUCAAAAGUUUGGUAAAGAUGCAAGAAAAGUUGAAGGUUUAUCAAACUUAUCAUGUAUGGAAAUUGAUCCUGAAGCAGCUAUGAGUGAUUUACAACAACAAGCACAACAAUACAAUAAUGAUCCUAAUGAUCCUUUGAAAAGUAUGAUGAAUGAUAUGACCGGUUCUAUUCCUGGUAUUGAUGAAGCUUUGUCAUUUAUGGAAGUCUUGAAACACAUUAAGAACCAAAAGGUCACUGAGCUGGAUACUAAAGAUAAGGUUUCUUACAGAACUAUCAUUUUCGAUACUGCUCCAACAGGUCACACAUUGCGUUUUUUACAAUUACCAACUACUUUGCAAAAAUUAUUAGGAAAAUUCCAACAAUUAUCGGGUAAAUUGGGUCCAAUGAUGAGUAUGUUGGGUGGUGGUGCUCAAGGUCAACAAGAUAUGUUUGCCAAAUUGAAUGAGGUUCAAAAAAAUGUUGAAGAGGUUAAUGAACAGUUUACAAACCCUGACUUAACUACUUUUGUCUGUGUUUGCAUCUCUGAGUUCCUUUCCCUUUAUGAAACUGAGAGAAUGAUUCAAGAAUUGAUGUCCUACAAAAUGGACGUCAACUCCAUUGUGGUUAACCAAUUGUUAUUUGCUGACGAUGAUGAAAAUCCAUGUAAAAGAUGUGUGGCAAGAUGGAAGAUGCAAAAGAAGUACUUGGAUCAAAUGGCUGAGUUAUACGAGGACUACCAUUUAGUUAAGAUGCCAUUAUUGGGAUCUGAAAUUAGAGGGGUUGACAAUUUAAAAAGAUUCUCCCAAUUCUUGAUCAAACCUUAUGAUCCUAAAGUAGAUCGUGCUAUCAUUACAGAUUUGAAAGAGCAAUAA